UAAAGAAUAAAGAAGAAGAUUUUCAACAAAAAAAAUGCGGACGAAGUAAACGGGGCGCCGAUCGAUAAACGGGGCCGCCAGGAUGAACAGCAUCGGCCGCGCGUGCACCGACCUGAAGAAAGAGUACGACGACUGUUUCAACGCAUGGUUCUCGGAGCAGUUUUUGAAAGGGAGCACGAACGAUUCCAUGUGCGCCCCCAUCUUCAAGGUGUACCAGCAGUGCGUGAAGGACGCCAUGAAGGAGCACAAGCUCGACUUCGACGAGGUUAAGAGGGACCUGCUGGGCAGCGGGAAGGAGAAGCGGGUGCCGGGGGACUCGUGACGGCGUCGACCGAACGUUCUAGUGCUUGUUAAAUAAACGAAAAGGAUUCCUCGAGCUUUGUCGUGAAAUAAAAAUCCGAAU